AUGGCCAAGUCUAAAUCCGCCAAGCGUAAGCGCAAUGCGCAGGUUGACCUCCCACAAAAGGCUCCAAAAGCCGAGUCUACACUAACGCCGCCUCCUGACGGUACAACUCUGGAGCCCAAGCAACUCCAGACAGUCAUUUCGGAUGAGGAACUUGACAUUACCGUCGAUACCCUGCAGACCCUCGCUCAGUAUCCCAAUCUCACCAAGUCGAAAGCCUGCAAGGACCUUCGUAUCGCAGUUUAUGACUUUCGUCAGGCCUGCACCACUGGCGUCAAUUCCUCAGAUGGCGCCAACCUGACAGCGCGCAUAACGGGCGCUCUAGCCGACGAAAAGUAUCUUGAAGCCAGGAUUCUGCUGGCUGAGAUGAGAAUUAGACGGGAACAACCCAAGAUCGGAGCUUUGUGUCGCUGGGUGCGAGAUUUAGAUGUCGUCAGCGGCCUUUCGACACAGCCUGGACUUGACCAUGUGUCUCUCAAGCGGAGCACUAAGGAUUUAGAACUCCUUGGUGUUCUUGAUGCCAUCUUGCGCGUCAGUACACCAAUCGAUACCAGUCCGAAUGCCGUCGACUCCACCUCCCCUAUCGCUUUUCAAUCCAUCUGGGACCUUCGUCCCUCGACGGCACCGCUACCGGUUUAUGCCUCUGUCCUCGAUAAAUCAAUAUUGUCCGAUGCGCCUACAUCUCCCUCCGCGAUCCGUGUCAUUGAAACAACUCCCGGCCCUCUCCGUAAACCUCCGAAUCAUCAUCCUGCCAUUCUAUACACAACGUCUCCAAAUGCCGUCCCAUUAGCCCCGGUGGGCCCGUCUAUUAAAUAUCAUCCACACCCCGCUGUCCCAGGCCUUGGACUUGCCUUGAAUGUCCUGUCUGAAGCGGAGUGCAAAGCAAUCAUUGCAGCCGGUGAAUCAGUCAACUUUCUCCCCGACGCACCUUUACGCGAAGACGGCGACAUGAGUAUCCUAGCCCACAACUUUUACUGGAUUGUCGAUACCACUUUUCACGACAUUCUUUGGGCGCGAAUUUCGCCAUAUGUACCACCUUCAAUCAAUGGUCGUCUUGUGCGAGGCAUCAAUCGGCGCUUCCGAGUGUACAGAUACGUUCCCGGUGCCGAAUACCGGUGUCAUAUUGAUGGAGCCUGGCCUCCAUCCGGUAUCCUGCCUGAUGACACUUAUGUUUAUGACUCCUCUCCGGAAGGGCAAAAGCAGAGUUCUAUGUACACCUUCUUAUUAUAUCUCAACGAUGAAUUUGAGGGCGGAGAGACCACUUUCUUCAUGCCGGCCGCGCGAGAGGGCACUCUCAAUGCAUACCCGGUACGACCUGUGAUGGGAGCCGUCGCAAUAUUCCCGCAUGGUGAGUCGAAUGGAGCCCUACUGCAUGAAGGGACCGGAGUUAGGAAAGGUGCAAAAUAUAUUAUCAGAACCGACGUAGAGUAUGAUGUUAAACCAUCUGAGGAUUAA